AUGCCUAAACGUAAAUUCUCAGGUGCGAUGCCAAGACAAAGUCGUUCAAAAAGUAAUCUUUCUGAAGAGGAAAAAAAGAUACGUAGAAGAGAACAGAAAAAACUCAGCAUACGCCGUGCUCGAGCAAAAAUGAGCGAAGCUGCACUCGAGGAAAGAAGAAAAAAGGACAGGGAAAGAUAUAGGAAGAAAAAAGAGCAAGGUCAAAUCAAGACCAUUAAAGAUUACACACCUAGGCAACAAAGAAACACUUGCCUUUGUGCCAUUCAUACCAAUAAUAACUUUAUGGUUCGUGCGCUGUACAAUGCAAAAGCAAUUGCUUAUAUUUCUGCCACAGAGUUGGUAAAAUCAUUAUGCUGUGAUACUGGCUUAACAUUAUAUUGUUUAGAAAGGGAUUGUGCUGAAUGCAAAGAAAAAACUAUUCAGCACAAUGAUUUUAAUGAUAAUGACACUAUAACGUACGAGAGAUGGAUAACCAAAACUGUUACUGUUGUUGUAAAAGGGCAAGAAAAAAAAUGCAAAAAAACUGUCAAAGAAAAAGUGGUGACAACUAAAAAGAAGCUUUUGGGAAUAUUACAAUCUAAUUUACCAACUCUUAUGAAACAUAUUGCAUACGUGAUGCAUCAAUCUAAUGCCAUUCUGACUAUCAAACAACGACUAAGACCUGGACAUGGACUUCUUCAUAUUGAUUUUCCCGAAAAUUAUAAUUGUAAAUAUGGUCAGGAAAUACAGUCGGCACAUUUCGGAGGUUCGAAAAUACAGUUGUCCUUACACACUUCGGUUUAUUAUUAUACUCAAUCAGAACCUUCAAAUAAUUAUACAAAAAAUAAUUCCUUUUGUACAGUCUCGGAAAAUAUUAAUCAUGAUCCUGUUUUAAUAUGUGUGCAUUUACAUGCUUUAAUAAAUAGAAUUCUAGAAUUAUCACCAAAUCUGAAAACUCUCCACAUUUUGAGUGACGGGCCGUCUACUCAAUAUCGCAAUAAAUCAAUGUUCCACUUGAUAGCAACAUAUUUAAGCAAGGAGUUUGGUGUGAAUUCCAUCAUUUGGCAUUACAGUGAGAGAGGACAUGGAAAAGGUGCACCGGAUGGAGUAGGCGGUUGCAUUAAACGGAUCUGUGACAGUUGUGUGGCAACAGGUCAAGAUGUUGCUAGUUUGGAUAACUUGAUGUUAUGUCUGGAUAAACGUUGUAAAGUGACUGACUUAUCCAGAGCUACCACACCUAAUUCUAUCGAAGUUCCAGGAACUCCAGAUGCUCCAACUGAACCAAAUUCACCGGCUUUGACAGACCGAAUGACGCCUGAUAACCUAAUAAUGCAGCCUAUUCUUAGGCCAAAAAAAAGGAAGUUUUGGAUCUCCUCAGAUACUGAUACCGAUGACGACGCACCUAUAGCCAAGAAAACAUAUAUAGAUAUGCUUACGUCUGACGAUGAAAAUAUUUUCUAA